GUCGCCGUAUAAUGAUUUUGGCACUUACUUUAAUCGUAAUUAUUGUCGUAACAAUUUACAACUUCAAGGUAAAUGUUCAGUCAGACAGUGAAAGGUGCAUUCAUCAUAUGGCUCAUUUUGCCGAAUUAUGUAAAAUACUGUUACUAGUGCUGAGUAUUUCUACAACAUCAUCAGUCACGGACGAAGAGAAAAAAUAUACUUACAGUGCCUUAGUGGUUGAAUACUUCGAUCAAGCAAAUGAUUUUUCUCCAGCCGAGGAAGUUGUGGGAUCUAGAACAAAUGACUACAUUAAGCUUUUGGAAAAUACCGGUCAAGAAGUGGACAUCGUGGUGUUCCCCGAAUCCACCCUCAUCCCGAAAAAGCAUGCACUGGCCCUCAGCAGCGAGGUCCCGAGGCCCUUCGAAGAGGUCAUCUGCAACUCCACGAAAGACAAGUACCAGCCCUACUUGAAGCGGUUCUCGUGCGCAGCCAUCGAAUUCAACGCCACCAUUAUCAUCAAUAUGGUGGAGAAGGACGUGUGCCUGGUGGGCAGUUGCGGGGGCUCGGGGUUGGCUUAUUACAACUCGGUGGUGGCAUUCAACGAGAAGGGUUACGUGUCAGGAAGAUAUAGAAAAUUCAACCGAUUUGGAGAACACCACCUCCAAUCGACUCCGGAAGUAGACGUAGUGGCCAUCACGACAAAUGAUAACGACACUUUCGGCAUCUUCACUUGUUUCGACAUUUUAUUCGGCACACCAACAUUGGAGUUGAUCAAAGAACAUGGAGUCAAGAACAUAGUGUUUCCGCAUUGCUGGUUCGGAGAACUGCCAUAUCUGACAGCCUUUCAAGUUCAGCAAAUGUUCACUCAAGAAUAUAACGUGAAUUUCCUCUCUGCCGGAUGCAACAAUCCCAGACGUGGUUCCGGAGGAUCCGGUAUAUUUGUUGGAGAUCAAGGUCCAUUAGCAACUCAUAUAGUAAGUGGCGAAGGAGGUACAAGGGGUAUUCUGAGAAGAGUACCGAGACCAAAUAUUUCGAAUAAUCCUUUCAGGGAAUUUGCCGCAGUCGUCGAGGACAUUGAAGCUGUUGCCAAGGAAAUGGAUAAUUUUCAUCUGAUCACCGAUUUAUCCAUGAGCAGGCAUACUACAGUUGUUUUGGACACUACCAAAGAGACCGUCGUAGAAGAAGUUUGCGACGGUUCCGAAAUCAAAACGUGUUGUCUCUUCAACUUAACCAUCACAUCGAAAACUGCUAAUGAUACCUUGAAGAGCCAACACUAUGUCUAUCAUUUGGGGGUGUUCAAUGGCAUCCGAUCCUUUUCUGGAUUGAGGGAACUUGGAAUAGAAUCAUGCGCGGUGAUGGCAUGUUUGAACCGGUCUGUUUCGUCUUGUGGUAUGAGGUUCCCAAACUUCGACGACAUAUCCUGGCCCAUCACCUUCAACACCAUCAAAGUCACCGCCAAGUUCCCCAACGACCCCGACAGAGUGCAGUUCCCCAACUCUCUGCUCGCCUCGCUCAGACCCAUCUCGCCGCGCCACACCACGUGGUCGAGAGCCGUGGUGGGGGAACACGUGGAGAGGACACACGCGUGUGCGCAGCCGCAGACCCGGCUGCUGACCUUCGGCAUAUACGGCCGGGAUUUCGGCAGGGACGGCGCGCUGAUUAGUCCCAACGGGUCGGCGCGGCUUAGCGCUUGUAGCGUGACCUUGGGAGGGAUGGUGCCGAUUGUGCUGGUCGUUCGUUUGAUGCGCUCGUAGAUAUAAUAGGCAUGUUCUUUUUCACACCACAUUUCCAUCAUUGAUGAAAGUGACGACACUCUCUGAUGCAUCGAAUUGUUGGAGUCAUCAGUGUUGAAGAAAAAAACACAGUUAUUAGGCAUGACAAUCACAAUAAUCGCUUUUUCUUUUUUUUUUGUGAUUUGAUGGGGAUUUAGAUUGUUUUCUAUUAGAAGCUCAGAAUUGGUGAAAAUAAAUGUAAAAUGAAAAAUGAUGUAUUGAAAGUGUUAUCGGAGUCUCUAGAUCCAAUAGUUCUAGCAGUUCUUCUGAUAGUUCUGAGGAUGAAAUAAUAGGUAUUGUUUAUAUUGGGGAGUUGACGAGAUAGGUUGAGAAUUCCCAACAACCGAUGUACAAAAUAUUGCAUCAAAUUAUGAUGAUAUGGAUAGAGUCAUUGAUAAGAAUUCUCUGUUGGUUCUCAAGUUUCAUGAAUGGUGGCACUAAUUUCUCGAAAUUCAUGAUGGGAAGGAGAAAAGUAACUACCACUCGAAAUGUCUUCUAUUUCUGUUUGUGUGAAUAAUGCAGCUAUUCUUUCAUUUUCAUAUUCUAGGCUGAUUUUGAUUAAUUCAUUCAUAUUAUUUCUUAGGCAUACGGCAAACGGCUUUCGAAUCCAAUAUUUUGUUUCCAGUUUCUUGAGGUUAUGCUGUCGCUGUCAUUUCGAAAUCCACCAAAGUUCGUUCACCAUCUCUGUACAUCGCUGGAAUGGUUUUCAAUUUUGAUUGACACAACAGUAAUAAUGAACGCGUGGUUACGUCAAACUGAAAUCCACCAAAGAAUAUAAUUAUGAACGCAGUUGGUGGAUUGGUGGAGCCACCGGUGAAUGAAAGAACGUCCCUAAUUUUUGUUUUUGGCGGAUAUGAAAGUCAUCAUCUGCAAGGGCGUAUAUAAUUUUUUUCUGUGGGGGGGGGAUAGAGCAAACCAUUUUCUUUUGAUUUCAAUUUUUUUUUUCAAAACACUCAACUAUAAACUACCUAAAUAAUGUCCAGAUGCCUUCGAGGUAGACUAGCGAUCCUAUUCAACAAUAUCCAGUAUGUGUUGACCAGGAUUAUACCAAAGAAUCCCAAGGAAUUUCAAGGAAAUCCAAGCUAGUAAUUACAGUUGUUUGUAGACCAGAAUUAUACCGCACUUCUCCCAAGGAAGUCCAAGGAAACUCAGAGAAUUCCAGGGUAUUCCACUGUGGUUUGCACCUCGAAGAAGAAUAUAUAUAAAUACAGGGUUACUGGUAAUUCGAUACAUUCCUUUGGAGAUGUGAUAGGGAAGGUGGUAACUAGUAGAUUAAACCCUGAUAUGCAUCAUGCAAAAGUUGACAGUUUUUGAAUUUUUUUUUUUGUUUUUCUCCAAGAGGUACACGUACUUCAAGGGUUGAAAAGUAAGUUUCCCGAAAAUCUGCUCUGCAGUUUUUCAAACUUCCAACUCGAAUACAUGAUCAACACUAUGGUCUUAUGUUUGGAAUGACAAAAUUACAGAAAUAAUUUAGAUCAUAGAUAAAUUGUAGAUACAAAGUCGUAUUUUUGUUUGUGAAUUGUGGAUUUUAACCACAUUCUAGCGGUUAUUUUUAGAAAAAUCUCUAAGCCACAUUUGUCAAAAAAAAAAUUUAAAAAACUUCCUUAAGGCAAUAUAUAUAUACAGUGUGACCCACUUCUAAUGGAAACACCCCUGUAUCUUAAGUAAUCGUUGGGUAAGGAUCCUGAGAUUUGCUGGAGCGAGAGAUAUACCAAAUAUGCACUCUAUGACCAAGUGGGGUCAUCUUCAGUGAUAUACACUGCUCGCCAACAGCCAUGAAACCACCCCAAUUUCCGGAAAAUGAUAUUAGGAGUCAAAAUAGGUUGAAAAUCACUUCGGAUUCGGAAUCAGGACGCCCAAUUCACUAACUAUUCAUAUUUUCCCUGGAAAAUGUUCAGUUCUGAAAAAUUGAAUUUUGUCUCACUUUUUACGGAAGCACCCCCGUAUCUUACGUAAUUGACUUUAUCUUUGGACUUUCCCUUCUUCCUGCAAAUUUCAGAAUCCUACCUCCAUAAUUCCGUGAUACACGGGGGUACUUCCGUAAAAAUUUCGACGAAUUUUAAUUUUUCAGAACCGAAAAUAUUCCAAGAAAAAUAUCAAUACCUAUCAAAAAAAAAACUUUGCUGUCGAAAUUUGUACUAGUAUUCGAUUUUAAAUAUUUGUAUAUGUUCUAUAUGCUCAGUUUUAUGGGUAGGUAUCGUAUGUUUGUACUAUGUUCACUUCAUCAAUAGUAAACGUGUUUCUGAUAUUCAGAUUCGAUUAAAAUUUAGUAUCGACCU